GAGUGAACGUCGUUACUGAAUCAUUUUGCUAUUUAAAAAUACGUCAAUGUAAAUUUUGCAACAAUCAAAAAGUGUUGUUAUCCAUCGUAAAAGUGUAUACUCAAGUUUUUAAUUAUAAUUAUGCGUAAAGUGUAAACAAGCAACUUUAAAUAAAAAUGGAAAGCGAAGUCAGAAGAAAGAUGGACAUUUAUAGUGAUGAUGAUGAUGGUGCUCAUGACGAUGACAAUAGUUCUAAGGUUAAUGAUGAUGACAACGACGAUGAUGACGAGUUCACGCGCCCACAGAUAGUCGAUGUUGUAACGAAGAAGAAACACAAGAACCAAGAUAACGAUUUGUUAAAAGAUAACAGGCCUAAGACUACUGAUAAGAAUAGCCCGUCAUUUCGUUCGGUUGGUUUGAUUGUAGGACUGGUAGCCAUGGCGUCUCCACGACCAAAAUCUCCUCGUCCAGCUCCAAUUUUAGCCAAAAAAGAGGACAAAGAAGAAAGCUUUUGGGAUAAAAUUGGCACUCUUGGUCGUAAGAAGCGCAUAAAAGAAGUUCAAGAAGUACAAGAAGAGGGUAAAUAUGCUAUUGAAUCACCUGGAUUUGCUACUACUUUAGACUUUUCGCCAGAAGAUUAUAAUUUAGAUGAAAAUGAAGAAAGAUCCAUGAUAAUCCCAAAAAGUUUUGAAGAACCUAAGGUACAAGAAUUAAUCAGUGUGUUGAUUGAGUGGAUUAAUGAUGAAUUAGCCCACCAAAGAAUUAUUGUCAAAGAUAUCACAGAAGAUUUGUAUGACGGUCAAGUACUCCAAAAAUUGCUUGAAAAGCUGACUGGUAAAAAAUUAGAUGUCCCCGAAGUUACUCAAUCAGAAGAAGGUCAGAGGCAAAAGUUAGCAGUUGUUCUAAAUACAGCUAACAGAGUCUUGGGAUGUUACCCUCCUUACAAAUGGAGUAUCGAAUCAAUACAUUCUAGGAAUAUUGUUGCAAUCUUACAUCUUUUGGUCAGUUUGGCUCGUUUAUUCCGAGCUCCCGUGAGAUUACCAGAAUUGGUUUCUGUCCAAAUUGUAGUGGUAACAAAAAAAGACGGGGUAUUGGCUCAUAGAAUUGUUAAAGAAGAAAUCACAUCGACAUACGAUGAUUUAGGAAUGAGAUGUGAAAGAGACGCCUUUGAUGCAUUAUUUGAUUAUGCUCCAGAAAAACUGGCAGUCGUUAAGAAGUCUUUGGUAACGUUUGUUAAUAAACAUCUGAGUAAAGUGCACUUGGAGGUGACAGAUCUUGAAAACCAAUUUUAUGACGGAGUUUUUCUUAUUUUAUUGCUUGGUCUGCUGGAAGGAUUCUUCGUUUCCUUGGGCAGUUUUUACCUCACUCCAAAAACUCACGAGCACAAAGUGCACAACGUAGCUUUUGCAUUUGAGCUUAUGCAAGAUGUUGGCUUACCCAAACCAAAGGCUCGACCGGAAGAUAUUGUGAACUUGGAUUUGAAGUCUACCUUGCGGGUACUGUAUAACUUGUUCUCGAAAUACAAGGGAAUAAACUAACGUCGUGAAAAUAAUCUUUUUUCACUCAUGGAGUAUUAUUUUUUAAUAUAAUAUAUAUUGAUAGUCUAGGUCGAUUAAAAUCGUAUUUCUCUAAAAUUUGAUAAAAAUAAUAGAUCUGAUGAAUACUGUCAAACAAAUCGAAUUUUAACGCCAGACUUGCGUAGAUAUUUGUAUACACGUCACUAACCAAAGACUGCCAUUUUAACAUAAAAAAAAAGUAAUAAUUUAUUUAAUAAACUAA